AUGAAGGCUGCCUACACCGCCUAUCGAUGCCUCACCAAAGACCUAGAAGGCUGCGCCAUGAACCCGGAGCUGACAAUGGAAAGUCUGGGCACUUUGCACGGGCCGGCCGGCGGCGGCAGCGGCGGGGGCGGUGGCGGGGGCGGCGGGGGCGGCGGCGGGGGCCCAAGCCAUGAGCAGGAGCUGCUGGCCAGCCCCAGCCCCCACCACGCGGGCCGCGGCGCUGCUGGCUCGCUGCGGGGCCCUCCGCCGCCGCCAACGGCGCACCAGGAGCUGGGGACGGCGGCAGCGGCAGCGGCGGCGGCGUCGCGCUCGGCCAUGGUCACUAGCAUGGCCUCGAUCCUGGACGGCGGUGACUACCGGCCCGAGCUCUCCAUCCCGCUCCAUCACGCCAUGAGCAUGUCUUGCGACUCGUCCCCGCCCGGCAUGGGCAUGAGCAACACCUACACCACGCUGACGCCGCUCCAGCCGCUGCCGCCCAUCUCCACCGUGUCGGACAAGUUCCACCAUCCGCACCCGCACCACCACCCACACCACCACCACCACCACCACCCCCAGCGCCUGUCGGGCAACGUCAGCGGCAGCUUCACCCUCAUGCGCGACGAGCGCGGGCUCCCGACCAUGAACAACCUUUACAGCCCCUACAAGGAGAUGCCCGGCAUGAGCCAGAGCCUGUCCCCGCUGGCCGCCACGCCGCUGGGCAACGGGCUGGGCGGCCUCCACAAUGCGCAGCAGAGCCUGCCCAACUACGGGCCGCCGGGCCACGACAAAAUGCUCAGCCCUAACUUCGACGCGCACCACACUGCCAUGCUGACCCGCGGUGAGCAGCACCUGUCCCGCGGCCUGGGCACCCCGCCCGCGGCCAUGAUGUCGCACCUCAACGGCCUGCACCACCCGGGCCAUGCUCAGUCCCACGGGCCGGUGCUGGCGCCCAGCCGUGAGCGGCCACCCUCGUCCUCGUCUGGCUCGCAGGUGGCUACAUCGGGCCAGCUGGAGGAGAUCAACACCAAAGAGGUGGCCCAGCGGAUCACCGCCGAGCUGAAGCGCUACAGCAUCCCACAGGCUAUCUUUGCGCAGAGGGUGCUGUGCCGGUCUCAGGGGACUCUCUCCGACCUGCUCCGGAACCCAAAACCGUGGAGUAAACUCAAAUCUGGCAGGGAGACCUUUCGCAGGAUGUGGAAGUGGCUGCAGGAGCCCGAGUUCCAGCGCAUGUCGGCCUUACGCCUGGCAGCGUGCAAACGCAAAGAGCAAGAACCAAACAAAGACAGGAACAAUUCCCAGAAGAAAUCCCGCCUGGUGUUCACCGACCUCCAACGCCGAACCCUCUUUGCCAUCUUCAAGGAGAACAAACGGCCAUCCAAAGAGAUGCAGAUCACCAUUUCCCAGCAGCUGGGCCUGGAGCUUACGACUGUCAGCAACUUCUUCAUGAAUGCCCGGCGCCGCAGCCUAGAGAAGUGGCAGGAUGAUCUGAGCACAGCGGGCUCCUCGUCCACCUCCAGCACUUGUACCAAAGCGUGAUGGAAGGACUCUCGGUUGGGCACAGGUCACCUCCAGAUGAGGACAACCGACACAAAAGAAAACACAAAGGAAAAAGACACCGGAUUCUUAGCUGGGGCCCUUCACUGGUGAUUUGAAAGCACAAUUCUCUUGAAAAGAAACUUCUAUUCUAGCUGUAAUCAUAGACCAGGUGUUCUUGUUUUGUUUUGUUUGUAAUGGCUAUGGAGUCCAAGUGCAAGCUGAAAAUUAAUCUUUUUGAACCGGACCUCGUCCUCUGAGCAUGCUAAGCAUCCCAGAAAUCCAAAUGAGGGGCCUUCCUGGAGCGAGUUGAUUUCAGUGUGGUGUCAGCCAAGCUUGGGAUCCCUUCAGAUGUCAACAGUCCCACUUUGGGCCCUGUUGCAGUCAGAGUUCCCACGUGUCAUGGUGGGAAUUUGCCUGUGUAAGGAUUCUGAGUUUGGGCUCCCAAGAUGCUACCAUGAGAGAUUCUUCUAGCAACAAGAAUGACCUCAUCCAAGUGCUUAGCCUCAUCAUACCACAGUACACCAAAGCUCACAGCCAUAACAUAAAAACAUCAGAAUGAUAAUUACUGAGCACAACUUUUAAACACGGAAAUUAAAAAAAAAAUCCAAGGACCUGUUUUUCCAACUCAGGCAUCGUUUCAUUGAAUGGUUUAGAAAGCUUUAAGUUGAUCCAGUUUACAAUUUUCUUUUCCUUACCUCCUGGAAAUCUCACGUGGUCUUGGAUUCAUCAAAAAAAAAAAAUCAGUUCUCUUGAGCUUAACGUAUCAAGCACAACGUAGAUAAACAGAGAAGUAAGGAAGGUUCUGUAUUCACCACAUCUGGAUUUUCAAGACGCUGAUUGUGAAGUCAUUAGGGAAUCGUUGGGAAUAUGGCUUCAAGCACAUUUUGCAGUUUGCUACAAAUUCUGUUUGUACAUAAUGCAGACGCACACUCAGGAGGCCAAUUUAACUGUUACGGUACAUGGAGCAAAUGCAGCAUUUUAAAAGAUCUAGAUUUUUUUUAGAUCAUUGAUGUAUCCUUCUUGGUUAUUAGUCACCUGGUUCCUCCUAUUGUGCAUUGUAACUACCACAUGAUUCAUUCUCAUUCUUUCGGAUUUCAGUUGUUUCUUCAUCCAUCCCAUUGGUAGGGACGUUUUUCAGUGUUUUCUAGCAAGAAAAAAAAAAAGUAAUUCAAACCACCAUACGUGUUACUCAUGAAGGUCAUCUAGUCCCAAUCUCUUCCACUGUCGAAUCAUCCUUGCAAAACAGCUGAAUAAAUCUGGAGAAAACACAGCACACCAAAGAAGCAGAAUACUGCAAACCAAAGACAUUUAUUACUUGCCAUUUUCUAGCCUAAAUGAUUACUUUUAGAAAUCAGAAAACCUCUGCAACUCCGAAUGGCAUUCAGCUCUUGCAUUUGGCUCACCAUCGGGCUGAGCGGACCGGCUAGCCAAGCCACCCAGGGAGUGGCUUUGCCACGCCAGCUCUGGGUCCUGGCUGUCACCUUCCCACAGCACGCAGAAGAGCGCCCACAGAACUCUGGGAGGUUGCGAAGGUCACGAUGUGCAUAUUUACCAGUGAAUGGCCCCAGGUGAGCCCCAUGGGGAUGUUCGAAGCAAGCCAAACGCUGCAAUGAUUCUUUACAGACACUUGAGACUGAAUUUUUUAUGAAUUACUUAAUCGAAACCAAAGAAACUUUUUCUGCACCUACUUCUGCAACAAACAAAACUGUUCCAUUAAAAUGAAUAAAUAAAUAAAUACGUAAAUCAGUGAAAAUCACCACCAAGAAGAAGGAAGCACGCCAGAAAAAAAACAAAAACAA